CGCAUUCACUUCCCUUGUUCGCUUUCCGCCAUUAUCGCGUAGUCAUUUUAACCUGGCGCAGUUGGUUAGUCUAAACCGUCGUUAAUUUUAAGAAAAACAAACAAAAAAAAUCAGAAAAUACAAGAAUUGUUAGCCGAAAACUAACAGAAACAAAAAAUAAACCAAAAAAAUUGAAAAACCAUUGAAAAAGCUAAAAAAAUCAAGCUCUGCUGCAACCGAAAUCGGAAACGUGUCGCAUUUAGUAAAACGAAAGCCGAACUAAAAAGUACAAGAUGAAUGCUGCAGCUCCAAGUAAUUAUCCUAUGGCUACGCUUUAUGUUGGAGAUUUAGCUCCUGAUGUCAACGAAGCUGUCCUUUUUGACAAAUUCAGCCAGACUGGCCCCGUGGUAUCGAUUCGUGUUUGUCGUGAUUUGGCAACUCGACGUUCUUUGGGUUAUGCUUAUGUCAACUUUCAACAAUCAGCUGACGCUGAAAGAGCGUUGGAUACGAUGAAUUUUGAACCUAUAAAGGGGCGGCCAUGUCGAAUUAUGUGGUGUCAACGCGAUCCCUCUCUUCGAAGAUCUGGCGUUGGGAACAUCUUUAUCAAAAAUCUCGAUAAAGGAAUCGAUAACAAAGCUCUGUACGACACUUUCAGCGCUUUUGGCAACAUCCUUUCUUGUAAGAUUGCGUUAGAUGAGAACGAAGGAUCCAAAGGUUUUGGUUAUGUUCAUUUUGAGACUCAGGAAGCUGCCGAUCAAGCUAUCGAGAAAGUCAAUGGCAUGUUGUUGAACGACAAGAAAGUGUUUGUCGGCAAAUGGAUGUCAAGGAAAGAGCGUAUUGAGCAACUUGGUGACGCACCGAGGAAAUUCACUAAUGUUUAUGUGAAAAAUUUUGGUGACGAUUUCUCCGACGAAGAUAUGAAGAAACUCUUUGAGCCGUUUGGUGAGAUCCAGAGCAUGAAAGUCAUGAGAACUGAAGAUGGCAAAAGCAAAGGCUUUGGCUUUGUCAGUUUUGCUGAACCUGAUAGUGCUGGCAAGGCUGUAGAAGAGAUCAACGAGAAGGAGAUGAACGGGAAGAUCUUGUACUGCGGUCGUGCACAGAAGAGAUCAGAGCGACAAGCGGAACUUCGUCGUCGCUUCCAGCAGCAGAAGAUGGAACGCAUCAACCAGUUCCAAGGUGUUAACUUGUACAUCAAGAACCUUGAGGAGACCAUUGACGACACUCGGUUGAGAAAGGAAUUUGAGAACUAUGGUACCAUCACCAGCGCUAAGGUCAUGAGAGAUGAUAAGGGCAACUCUAAAGGUUUUGGUUUUGUUUGUUUCCAAUCUCCGGAGGAAGCAACCAAGGCUGUGACCGAGAAGAACGGUCAGAUUGUGAUGACCAAACCUUUGUAUGUUGCCCUUGCUCAACGCAAGGAGGAGAGACAGGCACAGCUUGCUGCACAACACAUGCAGCGUGUUGCUGGUAGAAUGAUACCACAAGGAACUCAACCUGUUGGGCAAAUGUUUACUAGUGGGUUCUAUCCUGCCAUGGCAACAUUCCCACCUGGCCAACGUCCAGCAUUGUUUCCACCUCAAGUGGUCCGAACAAGGUUCCCCACCCAGACUGUACGAGGCCAGCCUGGUGCGUACCCAGGCCCAAUGGUUAACCGUGCAAGGAUGCAGCGAACGCCACGACCUGUCGGUCACAACCAGCAGCAGUCACGAGUUGGACCUGCGGGUGCUGGUGUUCCAGGACGGGUCAACCCUGUGCCUGCUGGACCACGUAACCAAAGGUAUCGGCCAGCUGUCAAUCAACCUGGUGCGGGACAGCAACCUCCAGCUAAUGCUGCUAACGCUGCUCAAACUGGCAUUGCUAUACCUGGUCAAGAAGUGCUCAAUCCAUCAGUGCUGGCACAGGCAUCAGCUGCUGAUCAGAAGCAGAUGUUGGGAGAGCGUCUCUUCCCUCUCAUUCAAACAACCCACCCUGAUCUGGCUGGCAAGAUCACUGGCAUGUUGUUGGAGAUUGACAAUGCAGAGUUGCUGCAUAUGUUGGAGUUCCGUGAUGCACUCUCUGCCAAGGUUGAUGAAGCGGUCAAUGUCCUCCAUGCUCAUCAAGCUCGUGAACAGACACCACAAGAACCAAAGAAGUAAUUUGUCAAGAGAACAUUGAAGAAAAAUAAACAUGGACACGACGUAUUAUUAUGUUUUUCCUAUUGUUUUAAAACUCCUAUU